AUGAUAACUCACCGUGAGGUCAACACGCUAACCUUGUUCUCAGCACUCUGGCGCGACGACACCAAACUCCUGGCCUACCAACCAGGAAGAACAUCAAAGCCAGCAAUAGACAUUUACAGCCUUGCCGGAAAGAAGAUUCGGAGCAUCCCUUGGGAUAAAGGCGCCAUCAAAGGACUUGGCUGGUCGGAGGAUGAGACGCUCCUUGUUGUCACAGCCGAUGGCACCGUGCGCUGCUAUGAUCUGCAGGGAGACUUUACACAAUUCUCUCUCGGCCAUGGUUCUGACAACUAUGGCGUUGAAUCAUGCCGAUUCUACGAUCACGGCCUAGUGGCGCUUCUGGGAAACAACUCCCUAAUCACAGUCUCUUCAUACUCUGAACCUCGACCCAAAGCGCUCGCGCAGACACCUGAGGGCGAGAUUCACUCCUGGUCCCUCAUCUCGCCGAACCAUACCUUGUCUAGAUCAGUCGAGGUCCUGCUGAGUGUUGAAAAGACGGUCUAUGUCGUCGACGCUACCGAUUGCGAAGAUCGAUUCCUCGAUAUUGGCCCAUUUAGCCAUAUCAGCGUCUCCCCAGAUGGUCGUUACGUGAACCUGUAUGGCGUGAACGGAAAGGCGCAUGUCAUCUCGAGCGACUUUCAGGAGAGGCUGUUUGAGCACGACUCUGACUCGCAGACGCCGCCUUUGUAUGUGGAGUGGUGCGGCAGUGAUGCGCUUAUUGCCUGGGAGGAUGAGGUGCAUAUCAUUGGACCUGGUGACGUAUCAUCCUCAUAUAUCUAUGAUAGCACUCGGGUGCAUGUCGUUUCUGAACAUGACGGCGCCCGACUCAUCACAAACGAUUUUUGCGAGUUCUUGGAGAGGGUGCCACGAGAUACCCUUGAAGUCUUUGGCCAGUCUUCGGAUUCAUCACCAGCCUCGAUUCUUCUGGACGCCGUAGGUCAGCUUGAGCUUCAAUCUCCCAAGGCGGAUGAUUAUAUCCAGUUGAUAAGGCCCAACCUGACGGGGGCCGUGGAUACCUGCGUUAAUGCCGCCGGCCGUGAGUUUGAUACUCACUGGCAAAAGCGCCUGCUCAAGGCUGCCUCCUUUGGCAAGUCAGUGCUCGACAUUUACAAUAGCGACGAUUUUGUCGACAUGUGUGAGACUCUUCGUGUGCUCAAUGCUGUACGGUUCUACGAGGUCGGCAUACCGCUCUCUUUUGAACAGUACCAUCGCUUGACGCCAGAGAGUCUUAUCCGACGACUUCUCAGCCGCCAUGAGUAUCUCCUGGCCAUAAAGAUCGCGGGUUACCUUAAACUUCCCACGGACCGCAUCUACGUGCAUUGGGCAUCAAACAAGGUCCGCGUUGGAGGUGAAGAUGACGAUACCAUCUGCCGAUUGAUCGUCGAGCGGUUGUCUGGCAAGCCUGGCAUUUCGUUCGAAGAGAUUGCGCGAGCAGCGUACCAAGAAGGACGUGGACGACUCGCCACAGAGCUUCUCAACCAUGAACCUCGUGGCGGCAGACAGGUUCCCCUUCUUUUGAGCAUGGAGGAGGACGAAUUGGCUCUCGACAAGGCCAUUGAGAGCGGAGACACGGACCUCAUGCUCUCAGUUCUGCUACAACUGAAGAGGAAGUUGCCUCUUGCUGCAUUCUUCCGUGUCAUCAACGCACGGCCGACUGCAACAGCCCUUGUGGAGUCAUCUGCCAUGGAAGAGGGUGAUAAUACGUUGCUCAAGGACCUAUACUAUCAGGAUGACCGACGAGGAGACGGUGCGAACGUGUUUAUUCGCGAAUCACUUAAGCAGCCUGACGCUCGAACUGCGUCUGACAAGCUGGCUCUGGCAGCGAAACUACUUGCUGACUCAAAAGAGUCUACGUUUGAGGUUCAUGCCCUCAAGGAGGCUACGACCCUGCUGCGGAUGCAAGAGUCAUUUGACCGGGAUCUCACAGACACGUUUACGGGACUCAGUGUCAACGAGACCAUGUUUAAGCUCAUCCGGCUUGGCUACUCGGGACGGGCCAAGAAGAUCCAGAGCGAGUUCAAGGUACCAGAGAAGGUGGCGUGGUGGAUUCGAUUGCGAGCACUAGUAGCUAAGCGGGACUGGAACGGGAUCGAAGAGAUCUCAAAGACGAGGAGGAGCCCCAUUGGAUGGGAGCCCUUCUUUAACCUUACGCUUCAGGCAGGUAACCCGAGAUUGGCAGCCACGUUUGUGCCCAAGUGCACAGGGCUGGAGCCCGGGGAGACGAUUACCAUGUACGAGAAGUGCGGGAUGCGGGUCAAGGCGGCGCAGGAGGCAGUGAGGCUCAAGGAUGCCGAGGCGUGGGAGAGACUUUUGGAGGCGGCGGGUCAGGGGACGGCUGAUGGCAGAGAGAUUGAGCGUCUUGGCCAGUCAGUGUUUAAGAAGUAGAUUGCCGAGUUUAACAGGUUGACUGGAUGUUGGUGUUUUGGCAGAAGUGUACAUCAUUAAUCAUCUACCCCUUGAAGUUUGCUCAAUAAGUUUAACUC